CGCUCGCUACAUGGGAAACUGCGAAGCGUCCCAAACAACGGGAGUUAUUUGUUUAACAUAGCCGUGAGAUUCGAAUUGUCACAGCUGUGUUACGUACAUUGAUAUAUUAUUAUUUGAAAUACGCAGAAUUCUAUUAAUCUAAUGUAUAUACCAUUUUUAUAUUUCCGAUCCAGAAUUCGCCCUGAUAUAGGUUAGGAAAUGUGUCAAGGCUCGUCUAGACGACAAGGCGUAAGGCGCGGCGCAAGAGCGCGAGCACACAGACGCAAGAGGAUUUUUCCCGAUCAUAGGGUCGUGGCGCAGCGGCGCAAGCGAAAUAACCCAGGUUAUAUUGAAACGUUUGCUGUACAUUAUUGUAUGUGCUCUGGAACUGUUCAGUUAUUUCGAGACACUUUUGGCAGAGGUCGAGGAAUGUCGGCAGUGCUUUCGACAAUUUCGCAGCUUGUGCACGAUCCUUUUAGUGCCGAUGGAGGGUAUAGGAUCGGCGACAGUGCCAAAAGUAUACAAAGUAUUGUCGACCGCGACACGAACGUUGCGCGGAAGUACGGAUACGCGGGAGGUCUUCGAUGGAAUGCGAUCAGCACCGCGGAGAUAUUCGAGCCUGUGCUCGCUUACUGGGAAAAGUGCGUGGACACUGACAAGAGCACGCUCGAGCGUUUGCUCGACACUGGCGUCUUGCAGGAACUAAUGAAUUUGUUUGUACACAUGAACAGAGAUGAAUUUUACUCCACGCACGUGUCGGUCAAGUGAAAGUCGUGCCUGGACAAACUCUGUACAGUUAAGAGGGACUUGUACAACGCCGUGGUGAUGAAAUGCAGAUUCGUCAGUCUAGUAUGUAAGUUUCCCGUUAAAACUCUGCCGGCGAAAGCGUGCGCUGUUACUAGGAAAAUUAUGAAGCGGAAUUUCGAGUGGGUCAUUCGUGAAAUGAAGGAAUCCGAAUCUUGAAAUUAUCUUGCAAAAAGUACCGAGUUGACCGCGCGCGCUGUAUCGUUGCCGUUCGUCGAGUCAACUGCCUCACGUUCAACGAUU